CAACAGUUGAGAAUAUCCGCUAUACCCGUAUUGGUCACUAGCGCAUAUGCCAACUCUCUGUGGCUGUGUGAACUAGACUCAAUUAGGUAUAGCGUCAUGCACCAAGAUUUGAUCGCGGCAGGAAUGACACAUUACCCCCGACCGAACCUUGCUUUACUUCGCCUCCGACGGCUUCCAUCGUAUCCCGUACUAAAAGGGUGCCUGUGCCGGAAAACCCGACUCAUCUGAAAGUAAAACAAACAACUACACACAACGAAAACUGUCAUACACAUAGAUAUACAGUACAUCCCCUACAAAAAGUCGCGCUACCCUACUGCGCCAAGAAAGGAGAUCAUCUUAUUGCGCAUAAGAAGACUGUUGUUUUAGUCGUACGGUUCUUAUUUUAUUCAGCGACGUCAAGAUGAAGUUCUCCGCAGCACUCAUAUUAUCGAUCGCGCUUUCGUCGACGGCAAAUGCGCUGGUUCUGCGCGCGGAGCUGGUGGUCAGGGAUAGCGAGGCGACAGUCCAGCAAUUAGAGGUCCGUGAGGCCGAGGGCACCUUCGAUGCGCCCGAGGAGCUGUGGAAGCGCAAGGGAGGCGGCGGCGGCGGUGGUCGUGGUGGUGGAAGCAGUGGAGGCAGCAGUGGAGGCAGCAGUGGAGGCAGCAGUGGAGGGAGCAGCGGAGGCAGCAGCGGAGGAACAAGUGGAGGAAGAACUGGGGGUACCGGAACCAGCAGCGGCGGAACAAGCAGUGGAGGAACCAGUAGUGCAGGACGAGGAGGCUUAGGCUCAUCUUCGUCUUCAGCAGGCGGACAAACCAGGACUGGAUCAGGACCAAGUCCAGCCUACGGUGGUGGCGGAUUCUACGGCGGCGGCGCUGCGGUGCCAUAUAGAACUGGAGCGGCGACGAGGAGUGGCAUUUCCCCUGUCCUCCUUGGUGUUGGUGUCGGUCUUGGAGCCGGAGUACUCCUCUAUGGUCUCGCUGGCUCGUGGCACCACCCCGUCUACUCGUACCCAUACAAGAACUCCUGGACCUUCUACAACAUCACCGUCGACGCCAACCAGACGAAGCCGGUCCAGUGCCUUUGCGAAGAGUACUCUGAGUGCGGCUGCGACGACAACAACGACGCCCAGUACCAGAAGGAUAUCCUGGGCAACGGCAGCUAUGCAGCCCUCAACAAGAGUGUGGUCUCCGUCGCCGAUGUCUCGGGAAAGAGCACCAUUAUCCUGAAUGGCACCCUUCCCAACGGCACAACCGCUGCUGGAGGCACUGAGGAGGCUGAUGGCUCUACCGAUUCCUCUUCUGGCAGCAGCACUACUGUCACCGACGGUGCAUUCAGUCUCACGCACGGCAUGAUGCAGUCCGGCGUCUAUUGGAUCAUGGCGGCUGCGGUCGGCUCCGCAGUCUUCCUGGCUUAAAUACCCUUGGGUCUAUAUCUUGACCUGUUAAUAUGAGUUGGGAACAUUCUACCCUUGUAUUCUAAGCGACGACUUAUGCGAUUAUCCGUUUGGCUAGGCGGUUUGGACAGACUUGCGGCAACCUUAUAUGCAUCGAAGGCCCUCGAUUAGGGGGCUUUUUAUCAGAAUAGCGGGCUGCUGUGCUUUUUAUGGCGUUUAUGGGACUCGACUAUGGUCGCUGUAAAUAUUGGAAUAGGUAUCAAUAACUACCUAUGCGGAUGCUAUUAGACCGAAUCAAUCAUGAUUGUUGCGCUCGUUCUUAUAAUCUAGAAUAUAUAUUCACAUAUUUAUCACUCUCUUCAAUCUUCACCACAAUUUUAGAGUAGAUGCUUCAACAGUACCUCAUAAUUUCAGCUCUGUCAUAAACGGCCGAACUAGUCAUGUGACGACCAGGCCCUGCCUUGUGGCGACUAACUCGUGGGGUUGAGGGUCCGUGCAUUCGCGGACCACCGAAAGCUCUAGAAGUACAUGGGCUGCAUGGUGAUAA